GAAAUAGGUCAGCCGGCUGCUUAAUAACCUUUCACAGCUACGUGACUAUAUAAAUGACAAAGGUUCGCCUCCGAGAACACACAUUAUUUUGAAAUUUUACUAGUCAGAACUUCCGUUGUUGGUUUUACCUCACUGUUUAGCUUUUAUCUCGUUCCAUUCUUGUAGUAAUUCGUAGAAUUACAUAGACCCUAGAUCUUUAACUAGUCCAACAUUUUUUGUUAACGACGUCCAUAGUGAAUCGUGUGAUCAUAACAAUGCAUCUUAGCGGUGUUUUUAGAAGAUUUAAAAAUGAAAUUAUAAGGAAGUAUUAUACUUAUGCUACUGAACCGUUUCAUUCAUUGCCAUGAGCACCAAUCACUGCUUCUGCAGAAGAUGCCAUGAAGGUUGUCAAGUCUGGUGACAACAUUUUUGUUCACAGUGCAGCAGCUACUCCAUCAAAGCUUCUAGCUGUAUUAGCUAACCAUGGAAAGCAAAAUAGACAGGAGAGAGUCACAGUAUGUCACAUCCAUAUUGAAGGAGCAAUGGAGUACUUGAAACCAGAGUACAGUGGCAUAUUCCGUGAUAAUUCCUUCUUCGUUGGUGCCAAUGCUAGGGAGGCAGUCAACACUGGUAGGGCUGAUUUCAUACCCAUCUUUCUCUCCGAGAUACCACUGUUGUUUCAGCGGAAGAUCAUUCAACUAGAUGUUGCCCUAAUCAACGUUUCUCCGCCUGAUCAGCAUGAUUUCUGCAGCUUUGGUCCCAGUGUGGACGUGACGCGGCCUGCCGUAAAAAAUGCCAAGUACAUCAUAGGCCAAAUUAAUCCAAAAAUUCCGAGAACCUUUGGUGAUGGGACAAUCCACGUUCCCAUUUGGACUGUAUCGUCAACGUAGAUGAAGAGCUUCCACAAAGACUAAAAUGAUUUUAAUUGUGAGCACAGUACCUAUGUAUGUGUAUGUUGUAUUUCCACUUCGCGUUAAUUAUCUGUCCACCAAUAAAUAGUAAUCAAUAAAGAAUAAUCAAUCUA